AUGGAUUGCCCCAGUAAACGUUCGACUAUCGCCUGCGACUACUGUCGUUCCAGCUCGCGAGCGAGGUUGGUAACAGUCGGGCAAAGCAAAGCUGCCAAUGGGGCCAAUCCCACUAUUCAAACGCCCUUCCAAAAUCCCGCAAAGGACAAUCAGGCGGAGGAUGCCGCGCGCUCGUCUGGUGCGACGCACGAUGGUCUGGAUGUCGGGUCGCAGCCAGCCGAUUCUCAAUUUCCUAUGCCCUCGACGUUCCCGUCUUCGACUAUUCCGCCGCAAGGAGGCGGAGUUCAAACGAGCGUCGAUGAUGACAGUGCUCUUCCACCACUAACCAUUCCCCUUGGACACCGAUGCAGCAAUGACAGCCUGUUGAUGCUUCCACAGAUUCAGGCGUUAAUUGGCCAGUACCCUGAAGAUUUCUUUUUUCGAGUCGAAUCCCGUCGUCGACUUCCUCGCACACAAACAUUUAACCCUAUAGAGGACAAUUUGGAGGUACCUCAAGUGGAUGCAGAAACCUCAUCGCUGCUAAUCAAUAGGUUUUUCCAAUCAGUUUAUCUAGUCAACCCUUUCCUUGAUGAGGCCGCCUAUGUCCAACGCUACACGUCUAAUGUAAAUUCUAAUGUCGAAACUCUACCCAAUGAACGCGCGGUUAAGCUUCUGGUCUUUGCUCUUGGGACAAUCGGCGGGAAGUCCAUAAAGAGGGACGAUGACUCUGAAGAGAAUGUACCUGGCAUGCAAUUCUUUGAACCAGCAGUGCAUAUUCUUACAAUAUCAUGGACAUCAUGCUUUUGCGGGGAUGUUACAUUGGCCCAAGGCUUGGUACUGUGCGCUCUGUACUUGUGCUACAUAUCACAGCCUCUAAGAGCCUGGAAGAUUAUACACAUGGCAUCAACAACCGUGCAGCAGCUAUUGAUCAGCUUUCGCAACAUCUUGCCUCAUCAGCCUGAAGCCGAUGAGCUUGCCCGGGCUGCAUGGUCCUGUUUUCUGAUAGAGAGCGGUAUCGAGCAGGUGGUCGAUAAAAUGCCGUUUCCAGGCUUUGGGCGCGCCCCAAAUCCAGUGAACCUUGCUUUUAUGACCGAUAUCUCAAUGCGCCUGCUACUCAACCGGGUGUAUUAUUCUAUAUAUUCCUCAAACUUCAGCAUUGAUGAACUGGACAGCUCUCUCAUCACAGUAUGCACCGAACUGAAUCGACAGCUGCAAAUCUGGCAUGAGUCAAUACCAGCUAUCAUUAGAUCUGGCUUACGAUCCAACAAUGAGGAUGCAAACCCGCAAGCCUAUGUUCUCCGACUACGCUAUUGGUCGACUAAGGAUAUCAUUUUCCGCCCCUUUGUGGCAUAUGUGACAUCGCUGUCUCCGGAUCAGCUUGUGAAUGUUUCUCAGACUGUCUUGGAUAAUUGCCAGUUAUGUCUUUCCAGCUGUCGGUCCUUCCUUCUCGCGUCGGGGAAAUUGUUGUCAGAAUACACACCGUACACGUACAGCGCAUUGCAUACGUAG